GGUAUAUUUCGUCGAUUCAGAAAAGGGAAGUGGCCAGCUGCUUCGGAAAGUUAUCGAAGCAGAAAGUGUUCUUUCUCUGAAGUUGGCUAGCUAAUAACAAACAGAAGAAAAAAACAAAAACAUGGGAACAACAGCAAGUCAAUUAAGGAAGGAUCUGCUCUCAGAAUAUCAGGAGCUGACGUUUCUUACAAAGCAAGAAAUUAUUCUGGCACACAAGAGAUUCAGUGAACUCCUCUCCAAAGAGGACAGAAACAUCCCCACCCCGCGAGUGCCCAUGGAGAAAGUCCUUUCACUGCCAGAACUCAAGUCCAACCCUUUCAGAAAAAGGAUCUGUCACGUAUUCUCAACAUCUGAUAUGAAAGAUGGAAGUCUCACCUUUGAGGACUUCCUUGAUCUCUUGAGUGCCUUCAGUGAUUCAGCUACACUGGAAAUCAAGUCCCACUACGCAUUCCGCAUUUUUGACUUUGAUGAUGAUGGCACUCUGGAUGGUGGGGACCUGGAGAAGCUGGUGAACUGUCUGACUGGUGAGACAGAUGACACAAGGCUUACCACUGAAGAGAUGAGGCAGCUCAUCAGCAAUAUUCUUGAAGAGUCUGAUAUAGACAAAGAUGGAACUGUGAAUCUGUCAGAGUUCCAACACGUCAUCUCAAGGUCACCAGAUUUUGUCAGUUCUUUUAAGAUUGUUCUGUGAAGUCGACAAAUAAGAUGCCAGGAUAUGGAUGCCUUGGAUUCUCUGUCCUAUUAAUACUCAGAAGACCUUUUUUUUCUUCUCCAUUGUAAUAAUAUAUAUUUUUUGAUUUUGCCUUAAAUUCUUUGUAGAUUAAUAUUUUCUAUUAUGUUUGAUAAUGUAUUUUUACAUAAUGUAUAUGCGAUAAGAGCCCUCUAACUGUGUUUUUUCAAUCUAAAUAUCUAGAAUAAAAGUAAUCAAGUCUUA